AUGCUCGGCUUCCUGUCAACGUGUUGCCUGUUCUUCCCUCUCUAUUUCAUCUACAAGCCCCCGGCUUUCCUCAUUUGUUAUUUCCAACGUCGCUGGCCCGAUGUUUUGUUUCACCACCCAGUUGCUAAGAAAAUUGUCGCGCUGACCAUCGACGACGCGCCAUCAGCACAUACACUGGAGAUUCUCAAUAUUCUAAAAGUCCACCAUGCAACAGCCACCUUUUUCGUGAUCGGAUCGCAAGUACCGGGGUAUGAAAACGUCCUCUCCGACCUGGUCCGGGCCCGGCAUGAGCUGGCCAAUCAUGCGAUGCACGAUGAGCCCUCGCGCGCGUUAAGCGACGAGGAGCUGACGGCGCAGAUUCUAGCUGUCCAGACGAUGAUACAAGAGGCGUAUAAUGCAGCCGACCAGGUCCAAGGGCCUGAUGGGUGGUACUUCCGGCCAGGUUCUGGGUUCUUCAGCUCGAGAAUGCGGCGCUUAGUUGAGAGUUUAGGUUAUAAGCUCAUAUUGGGUGAUACAUACCCCCACGAUCCGCAGGUUUCUUAUUAUAGCUUGAAUGCUAAGCAUAUUCUGAGCAUGGUGAGACCAGGAAGUGUCAUUAUUUGCCAUGAUCGCCGAGAAUGGACUGUGCCGAUGCUACGGGUGGUGUUGCCGGAGCUGAAAAAAAGGGGAUACACCGUUGUCACGGUAUCUGAACUAUUGCAAGAGGCGCCUUUACAAUGA